AUGGUAAUUGAUAUGGUUUUAUAUAUUGGUAGUAAAAGUUACAUUGAUAAUUCUUCUAUGAGCGAUCAGCUAAAAGCUAUUAAAGAGCUACCUUCUCCACUUCCAGACGUAAAAAAAGAUUUUGACAAAAAGGUUUAUAAUAUGGAACCAGCAAGAGGUGGUUUUGUAAUUAGCAAAAAAGAUGGAACCAGAGAUUUUGGUAAUGAAAUCAUUGGAGAAAAUGGAGUUAUUUUUACUAAAAAAAGUCAACUGAACAAGGAGGUAUAUAGAGUAGAACAGGGAGGAGUUGCUUUUAUAACUGGAGGGAAAAUUGGCACUCAUAAUGUACAGAGUUGUGUUGCAUUCAUUAUUCAAGAUAAAGAUACUAAAAAAACAGCAUUAGCUCAUAUAUCUGGUCAUGCGAGCGAUAUACAAUUUGUUAAGGAUAUUUUAUCUUAUAUGCCAAGCGGUGAUAAAGAAGUAAUUAUGGUUGGUGCUAGACAUAGUAGUGAAACGAGUAAUGUUGAAAGCAUACUAAAGGCUUUAUUGGAUUAUGAGCAUGAUAUACACAUCAAUAGAUCAUAUGUUCUUGACUCAUCAUAUAUUUAUGAUGAAAGGUAUAACUUUAUGGAAGCUUGCUAUGACUUUAACACAACACGCGGUGACAUUAUAGUUGAUACUUCAAAUUUAACUAUAAGUUGUGGUCAUCCAUUUAGAUCUAUGCCAGAUAAAAUAAAUGAUAUUAUGCUCGAACACCUUGUAGAUGACUUGGAUAGACUUUAUACUUUAAGUAGCAAGGAAGAUAUUGAUGAAUAUAAUAAAGAUAUGCAUAAGAUUAAAUAUGGUCCCACAGAAUCAUUAGCUACAGAAGCUACAGUAGAAGCUGCGCAGAGGAGUAGACAAUAUGCAAAAUAG